CCUGGGACUAGCGAACCCCAAUGGUCGCCUCCACUGGAAGUCCUCCGGCUCACCGCGGCUCCGGGAGGAGAGUGAGCUUCGGAGGUGGUCGAUGCCUGCAGUGCCCAGAAGACAAUGGAGCUGAAGUUACAGGCAUUUGUGAGCUGCCUCAUGUGCGUGCCGGGAUUCUAACUCUGGUUCUCUAUAAAAUCAGUGCUUCUGGACUUAAUUCUGAUAUGAUGGAAAAUAGCAAGGAAGAGGGAACUAGCACCUCAGAAAAAUCUAAGUCUUCAGGAUCAUCGAGAUCAAAGAGGAAACCUUCAAUUGUGACAAAAUAUGUAGAAUCCGAUGAUGAAAAACCCACGGAUGAGAAUGUAAAUGAAAAAGCUGCUACUGAGAAUUCAGAAAAUGACAUUACUAUGCAAAGCUUGCCAAAAGGUACAGUGAUUGUACAACCAGAGCCAGUGCUGAAUGAAGACAAAGAUGAUUUUAAAGGGCCUGAAUUUAGAAGCAGAAGUAAAAUGAAAACUGAAAAUCUCAAAAAACGCGGAGAAGAUGGACUUCAUGGGAUCGUGAGUUGCACAGCUUGUGGACAACAGGUCAAUCAUUUUCAAAAAGAUUCCAUUUAUAGACACCCUUCACUGAAAGUACUUAUUUGUAAGAACUGCUUUAAGUAUUACAUGAGUGACGACAUUAGCCGUGACUCAGAUGGAAUGGAUGAACAAUGUAGAUGGUGUGCAGAAGGUGGGAACUUGAUUUGUUGCGACUUUUGCCAUAAUGCCUUCUGUAAGAAAUGCAUACUGCGCAACCUCGGUCGAAAGGAGUUAUCUACAAUAAUGGAUGAAAACAAUCAGUGGUAUUGCUAUAUUUGUCAGCCAGAGCCUCUAUUGGACUUGGUUACCGCAUGUAACAGUGUAUUUGAGAAUUUGGAACAGUUGUUGCAGCAAAACAAGAAGAAGAUAAAAGUCGACAGUGAAAAGACUAGUAAAGUAUGUGACCAAACAUCCAAGUUUUCUCCAAAGAAGAAUAGUUCCAGUUGUAAUGGAGAAGAAAAGAAAUUAGAGGAGUCAGGUUCCAGUUCUGUAACCUCCACUUCCUCAGCACUUAUUGUGCCCAAAGAGCUGAUUAAGAAGACAAAGAAACUGAUUGAGACUACAUCCAACAUGAACUCCAGUUACAUUAAGUUUCUAAAGCAGGCAGCCGAUAAUUCAGAAAUGAGUCCUGCUAUGAAGUUACGUCAACUGAAGGCUUUUAAAUCUGUGUUGGCUGAUAUCAAGAAGGCUCAUCUUGCAUUAGAGGAAGAUUUGAAUUCAGAGAUCCGAGCUUUGGAUGCUGUACACAAGGAAAAAAAUACCAAAGAGCUUAAAAUCACAGAUGCUAAGUCUGAGACAAAAAUGCAAAAGGGGGAAAAAUCCUAUAAUACAGAAAAGAAAGAUUUUUUUAAGUUAGAUGCUAGGUCGUCAGUAAAGGCUGUAGAUAGUGAGCGCAUCCCAGGAGAAGAACACGAAGCACAUAAAAGUACUAGUGGUGAACAUAAGGGUAGGAAAGAUGGCCCUCAGUACGAACCCAGUAACAGUGCUGAGGACUUAGAUAUGGAUAUUGUGUCUGUUCCUUCCUCGGUUCCAGAAGACAUCUUUGAGAGCCUUGAGAAUGCCAUGGAAGUUCAGAGUUCAGCUGAUUAUCAAGGGGAUGGCAACAGUGCGAAUGAGGCAGAACUGGAGAGCUCAUCUCUAAAGUUAAACACUUCAAAAGGCAGCAAAGGGAAUGUUAAAUCAAAAGUCACAGCAAAAGUAAGAAAAGAAUUAUAUGUUAAACUCACCCCAGUUUCCCUGUCUAAUUCUCCACUUAAAGGUGUUGACUGUCAGGAAGCUCCACAAGAGAAGAAUGCUCGUAAAAGCUCUGGGGUGGCCCGCAGCUCAGAGAAAUGUAGACCCAGAGAGGAGAGUAGUGAUAAUGAGCAUUCAGUUGAACACGAUGUCACAAUACUUUUAGAAGACUCAGAUCUUCGAAGAUCCCCACGUGUAAAAACUACACCAUUGAGGCGACAGACAGAAAGCAACCCUGCUGUGUCCAAUUCGGAUGAAGAAGGUAACGAAACCAUAAAGGAGAAACAAAAGCUGUCAGUUCCAGUAAGGAAAAAGGAUAAGCGAAACUCAUCUGACUGUGCUAUUGAUAACCCUAAACCUCAUAAGGUACCCAAAGCUAAGCAACCAGGGAUUGGGGAUCAGAAUUCAGAUUCUGAUGAAAUGCUAGCAAUCCUCAAAGAGGCAAGCCAGAUGUGUCACAGUUCUUCCUCGGACACUGACAUUAAUGAACUACCGAUAAAUCAUAAAAGUCAAAGGGGGAAAGAUGACAACGGAAAAAGGAAACGGAAAAAUUCUACUUCUGGGUCAGAUUUUGACACUAAAAAAGGAAAAUCGGCUGAAAGCUCUGUCAUUUCUAAAAAGAAACGCCAAAACUACUCAGAGUCCUCUAACUAUGACUCAGAGUUAGAAAGAGAGAUAAAAACUAUGAGCAGAAUUGGGGCUGCCAGAAAAAGUGUUUCUGAUAAAGAAGAACAUGACUUCUCUGAAGAUGAAAAACAAAGCAAAAAAGUAGUAGAUAGCAGAGGGCAUGAGAGGAGGAGGUCCGCACAAGAGGGCUCGUCUGGUGAUGACACUGGUGAUGCUGAAGGUGGGCCGGGAGGGAGCAGCUCCCCACGACAAGGUUCAGUUGAGAAAGGCAGGAGUGUAGUGGAAUUCGGAGACAUGGUUUGUAAGAGGCAGCAGUCUGCUGUUUCCUCUGCCGGUUCUGAAAAGCCUUCAGGGAAAGAGGAGAAUGUCCACUCUCCUGAAGACAAAAGAGUUACUAAAAGUAAAGAAAAGAGUAAACAUCUGAGAACCAGAACUGGUAGAAAAGUCAAGAGUGAUGUCACUGAUAGGUUCCGGAAGAAGGAGCAGAGCUCUGAGUCUUCAGAGGGUGAAAAGAAGCAGGGCAGACAGAGAACUGGGACAAGGGGAAAGAAAAGUACAGACUUAAAGGAAGAAAAGGUGAAGAGAGAGCGGGAGUAUGAGUCUUCCUCUGACGGGACCGAGAAAUUGCCUGAGGGAGAAGAAAUUGGUCUGUUCUCUAAAGGCGUAAAGCAGAAUAAAAAUGACACAACUGAUGGAGCAAAGAAAGGCAAAAAGUGGAAAGACAAAUCAUGUGAAAAGAAGGAAGAACUAUCUGAUAGUGUUGAUCGAUUGCCAGUAAAAGGAGAGAGUUGUGACUCUUCUGAAGAUAAGAAGACCAGGAAUAGAGUGUCUCUGAGAGAGAAGAAACAAUUCAGCUUGCCUGCAAAGAGUUCAGGGAAGAGGCCAGAGUGUUCAUCAUCAGAUACUGAGAGAUCCGUGAAAGGAGAGUGUUGCGACUCCACCGAUAAGAGAGUGAAAAGAAUUGACUUGAGAGAAAGAAGAAGCUCAAAUUCAAAGAGAAGUACCAAGGAAGUAAAGAGUGGUUCAUCAUCUUCUGAUGCUGAGGGAAGUUCAGAAGAUGCCAAAAAGCAGAAGAAACAAAGAAUGUCAGCCAAAAAGAAGACAGGCAAUACCAAGGAGAGAAAAAGAAAAUCCUUAAGAGCAACUACUACCAAAAGGAAGCAAGCAGACAUUACUUCUUCAUCUUCUGAUAUAGGGGAUGAUGAUCAGAAUUCUGCAGGCGAGGAAAGCAGCGAUGAACAGAAAAUUAAACCCGUGACUGAAAAUCUAGUGCUGCCUUCACAUACUGGAUUUUGUCAGUCUUCAGGAGAUGAAGCCUUCUCUAAAUCAGUGCCUGCCACAGUGGAUGAUGAUGACGACGACAAUGAUCCUGAGAAUAGAAUUGCCAAGAAGAUGCUUUUAGAAGAAAUUAAAGCCAAUCUUUCCUCUGAUGAGGAUGGAUCUUCAGAUGAUGAACCUGAAGAGGGAGAGAAGAAAAGAAUUGGAAAACAGAGUGAAGAAACACCAGGUGAUGAUGGCUCCAACCAAGUCAAUUCUGAAUCGGAUUCCGAUUCUGAAGAAUCUAAGAAGCCAAGAUAUAGACAUAGACUUUUGAGGCAUAAACUGUCUUUGAGUGAUGGAGAAUCUGGAGAAGAGAAAAAGACAAAGCCUAAAGAGCAUAAAGAAACCAAAGGAAGAAAUAGAAGGAAGGUGAGCAGUGAGGAUUCAGAAGACACUGACUUUCAGGAGUCAGGUGUUAGUGAAGAAGUCAGUGAAUCUGAGGAUGAACAGCGGCCUAGAACAAGGUCUGCGAAGAAAGCAGAAUUGGAGGAAAAUCAGCGAAGUUAUAAACAAAAGAAGAAAAGACGGCGCAUUAAGGUUCAAGAGGAUUCCUCCAGUGACAAUAAGAGCCAUUCUGAGGAAGAAAGAAAGGAUGAUGAUGAUGAGGAGGAUGAAGAGGAGGAAGAUGAAAAUGAUGAUUCUAAGUCACCUGGAAAAGGCAGAAAGAAAAUUCGGAAGAUUCUUAAAGAUGAUAAACUAAGAACAGAAACACAAAAUGCCCUUAAAGAAGAGGAAGAGAGGCGAAAACGGAUUGCAGAGAGGGAACGUGAAAGAGAGAAAUUAAGAGAGGUGAUAGAAAUUGAGGAUGCUUCGCCUACUAAAUGUCCAAUAACAACCAAGCUGGUUUUAGAUGAAGAUGAAGAAACCAAAGAACCAUUAGUGCAGGUUCAUAGAAACAUGGUUAUAAAAUUGAAACCCCAUCAAGUGGAUGGUGUUCAGUUUAUGUGGGAUUGCUGCUGUGAGUCUGUGAAGAAGACAAAGAAGUCUCCAGGUUCAGGAUGUAUUCUUGCCCAUUGCAUGGGCCUUGGCAAGACCCUGCAGGUGGUGAGUUUUCUUCACACAGUUCUUUUGUGUGACAAAUUGGAUUUCAGUACAGCUUUAGUGGUUUGUCCUCUUAACACUGCUUUGAAUUGGAUGAAUGAAUUUGAGAAGUGGCAGGAGGGAUUAAAUGAUGCUGAAAAGCUUGAGGUUUCUGAGUUGGCAACUGUGAAGCGUCCUCAGGAGAGAAGUUACAUGCUCCAGAGAUGGCAAGAAGACGGCGGUGUCAUGAUCAUAGGGUAUGAAAUGUACCGAAAUCUUGCUCAAGGAAGGAACGUGAAGAGUCGGAAACUGAAGGAAAUAUUUAACAAAGCUUUGGUUGAUCCAGGCCCUGAUUUUGUUGUCUGUGAUGAAGGCCAUAUUCUAAAAAAUGAAGCAUCUGCUGUUUCAAAAGCUAUGAACUCUAUAAAAUCGAGGAGGAGGAUCAUUUUAACAGGAACACCACUUCAAAAUAACCUAAUUGAGUAUCAUUGCAUGGUUAACUUUAUCAAGGAGAAUUUGCUUGGAUCCAUCAAGGAAUUCAGGAAUAGAUUUAUAAAUCCAAUCCAAAACGGACAGUGUGCAGACUCUACCAUGGUAGAUGUGAGAGUGAUGAAAAAACGUGCUCAUAUUCUCUAUGAGAUGUUAGCCGGAUGUGUUCAGAGGAAAGAUUACACAGCAUUAACCAAGUUCUUGCCUCCAAAACAUGAAUACGUGUUAGCUGUUAGGAUGACUGCUAUUCAGUGCAAGCUCUAUCAAUACUACUUGGACCAUUUAACAGGUGUAGGCAAUAGCACUGAUGGUGGAAGAGGAAAGGCCGGUGCAAAGCUCUUCCAAGAUUUCCAGAUGUUAAGCAGAAUCUGGACCCAUCCUUGGUGUUUGCAACUGGACUACAUUAGCAAAGAAAAUAAGGGCUAUUUUGAUGAAGAUAGUAUGGAUGAAUUUAUAGCUUCAGAUUCUGAUGAAACUUCUAUGAGUUUAAGCUCAGAUGAGUAUGCAAAAAAGAAGAAAACAAAGGGGAAGAAGGGGAGGAAGGACAGCAGCUCAAGCGGGAGUGGUAGUGACAACGAUGUUGAAGUCAUCAAAGUCUGGAAUUCCAGAUCUAGAGGGGGUGGAGAAGGAAAUGUGGAGGAGACGGGAAACAACCCUUCAGUUUCUCUGAAGCUAGAUGAAAUACCUCUGUGGAAUAGACAGGUGGCAGCCUAACCACAAACCCUGGAUUCUCCAAAUCAGGGGAGUCAUGAAAUUUAAACUACAAAAUUUCCCUCUUCCUUCUUUUCUUCGGCUACUCCAUCCAUUAAAGCAGCUUUAUCGGCAUUCAUCUUUCAAGUAGAUUUUCUUCCAAGAGUGUUUUCAUCAACACAGCAAUAAACUGUGCUCAUAGAGUUAAAGCAGUGAAAAGCUUCUGCUAUCUCCUCCUGUGCUCUCUUCUUCCACCCUUUCUACUUAUAGUUCUGCAGUCUCUCCUUAUAUAUGUGUGUUCCUGGGAAUAAUUACGUUAAAAUAGUCUUACUGAGUUUCUUUUCUUCUCUUAGGGCUGAAAAGAAAGUGCUGUAAAUGACUUACAUGCAAGUCAGAGGAAUGGGGAGGAGUUGAAGGGGAGGCAAUACGAGGAUGCAUGUAUGAAAUUCUCAAGGAAUUAAACAUUAAUUAAUUUUAAAAUUUGACUAAGACUCCCCCCCCCCCGCCUUUAUCGUCAGGAAGUACAAGUGGGGAUGUGUGGCUGCAUUGCUUCUAGAAAUAUCUAGCUGCUUCCAUUUUUUUGGUGUGCUUUCUCUCAUAUCUUCAAUUGUGAUAUUGUGCAGGGCUUGGAAAGCACUGGCCCAAGAUGUAGAUUGUUGUAUGUUGUGUGCUUAAUCAGAUGGGAAAGGUCAUGCCUUCCAAAAGACAAGCUUUGACUGCUUAUCUAGGGCUUUGCUUCUUUAAGUUUGAGUGAAGUAAAGGCAUGUAAUUUUUUUUUUACAUAUUUUACCAGAAACAUUCUCUUGAAUAACUGGUUAAAAAAAGAAAAACUCCAGUUUUGUUCUUUAGAUUUAAAUUCUCUCCAUUUAAGAAUAUAUACUAUUAUGGGCUGAAGAGAUGGCUCAGUGGUUAAGGGCACUGGCAGUUCUUUCAGAAGACCAGAGUUAGGUUCCCAACACUCACAUAGUGCCUCACAGGUAUGUGUAAUUUCUAGUUUCAGAUAAUCCAAAGCCACACAAACACACACACACACACACACACACACACACACACACACACACACACACACACAGAUACAUAACACAUAAAGUAAGUGAAAUUUUUAAAUAAAGAAUAUGCCAUAUUCACUGGAUAACUAAAAUGAAAUUACUUCCUUAGCAUGGUACAUUAAUAAGUAGAAUUCUCUUGUAGUUUUUUUAAAUAGUAUCAUGUUUGAAUAAGUUAUUUAGGUUUAUAGCAUGAUCCUUUUAUAUUUUAUUAGGAAAGCUUAUGGUAAAGAAUAGCUACAUAAUCUAAAGAUUAUUGCUUUAUUAUUAGUGUUUUUAAAGUAUGUUUUAAAGUAUGAAUAGCUGUAUGUUAUGUUUCCUUAAUUUGGUUGAGUGGGUGCAUUUUCGAAGAUGUCUUACUCUGUAGCCCAGGCCUAGAAAUUACUUCGUAUCCCAGGGUAGCCUCAAAUUUUUGGUAACUCUUCUGCCUCAACUUCCUUACGAUAGCCUCAAAUUUUGGUAGCCUUUCUGCCUCAACGUCCUUAUACGUUUUUAAAUGUAUCCCAUUUCAUAUGUGAAUAUAAACUUUAUGACAGAAUUCUUGUAUUUGAUGUAGGGCUAUAUGUUAUUACUACAAAUACACCAUCUUUGUUUAUUCUAAAAUAUAUUUAAGUGCUUUCUACGAGCUCUAGUCACUGUUCUAGACAAAAUACAUUGAUGGAGUUUACUAUUUUGUCCAACUGAUUGCAUAGUCUAUAAAGGAAAAGAUUUUUUUUGAGCUCACAAUUCUGGUCGCUGAGUAGCCCAUGUUUGAGUGUCUGUAAGUAGCAGGGCUUUAUAGAAAAUAAGAGGUCAAAGCGCAAGUGGGAUUCUCAUAAGCAUUCUCACACUGUGUCUCUCUGCCUCCGUUUCCUGAGGUGUGGAUGUUCACAUUCUCUCUUAACAACCUAAUCAUCUCUUGGGAAUCAAAGCUUAACAUGAGUUUUAGUGAAGACAAACCAUGUUCCAGUCCACAACACCACAGUGCUUUUGCUUUGGCCCCACACACACACUAAUUUUCUGUCUCUCCUUUCCCCUUCCUCCCUCUUGUUUUAUAUGUACACUUGUCUUGCAAACUUUUCCUCCUUUAAAACAUACACUUUGUUAUUCCAAAUGCAGUAGUCCAUUUAUUUAAAUAUAGAAGACAUCAAGAAGUUCUAAGUGAGUGUAUUGCUUUCUAACUGUAUUAUAUUUUAUUUUUCUGAGAUUCUUGUGGGGUCCAGAAUAUAUAUAAAGUAGUAGUUGGAUGCAUUUAGUUGUUAACACAGCAUAGAAUUGUAACAAAAGUUAUAAUUAAAGUAUGUGAAUGGUAAAAUCAAAAAAGUCAACAUAAAUAUUCGUGUGCAAAUUUUAAUAUUAAGCACUGCUAAGGAUUUGGUUUUUCAGACAAGGUUUCUGUGUAGUCAGUACUAGUCUUGAAGUUGACAUGUAAUACAGGCUGGACUUAAACUUGAGAUAGGCCUUCAUUAGCCUCCCUACUACUGGGCUUCUAGACGUGGUCCACCACCAUGGCUAGAAUAUAUUGUAAUUGGAGUAGCCCAUAGGUUUCUGGAUUGCUUACUUUAAAGAAAGGUUCUCAUGUACCCCCGGGUGUUGAUAUACACAGCUGAGUAAGAUGUGAACUUCUGAUCGUCUACCUGUUUCUACUUCAGACUGUUAGGAUUACUGAUAUAUCCCCUAAUACUUUGAUUUUGCAGUGCUGGGGAUGAAAUCUAGAGUUUCAUGCUAGACAAGCAUGAGCUGUAGUCCCAGCCCACAGUUUGCUCUUUUAGAUUUUUCUGUAAGGUGUUGUUGUUAUUAUACUUAAUAGGAUCACAAUUAGAAUGGAAGGACUAACGUCAUAGGUCAUUGGUAGGCCACAUACUUAGCAUUCAGGAUUCCCUCACUUUGAUUCCCCAGGCAUGCACAAAAGAGUGGCAUCUACUAUGUUUGCAGAGAAAUUAUCACAUAUUCUUAGCUUGGACAUUUUCUAUUUAACCUCACAUUUUUACUCUCUGCUAGAAUUUUUUGGUUCUGAUAUUUUCAUAUUAUUAUUAUUAUUAUUAUUAUUAUUAUUAUUAUUAUUAUUAUUUGUGGUUUUUCAUGACAGGGUUUCUCUCUGUAGCUCUGACUGUCCUGAAACUCCCCCUGUAGACCAGGCUGGCCUCAAUUUCAGAGACCUGCAUGCCUCUGCUUCCAGACUGUUGGGAUUAAAGGCUUGCACCACCAAAUUAUUUUAGUGCGCUAUUUUUCAAAAACAAUGGCUACUUGCCAGGUGACUAAUUAUAUAAGGUUUAGUUAACAUUUGUUUAGUAAGUUAUGUGCCAGGGUCCUCAAGAUCAUGUUCAAGCUAGUAAUUGAUGUUCCAGGGUAUAGUCGUAUUCAAGACUAUGAAACUUCUCUAGCAUCAGAUUACCACAUGUACAAAGUAUUGUCAACUAGAGAAGGUUGUUAGAGAUUCAUUGCUCAAGGGUUUUAUUGGGACCUGGUUACUAUAUUUUCGAUUCCCACAAUGAAAGAUUAUUUUUGUUGUUAUUUUUCAUAAAUUGCCUGUGUGUGCUGAGUUGUGGCUACCAGGCAAUGUUUUCAUGUCAGCAAAGAGGACUAUUCACCAUUCAUGUUCCCAGAUGAGCCAAGGGCCAGUAAUUUGAGGCUAAUCAUUCCGAAAUGAAAGGAAUCAUAAAGUAUGAAUAGAAUUUGCCUACCAAGAGAGGAGGAGAAUGUCCUAUAAAAUACUAUAGACCCAAAAGUGAUGGUAUAUGCUUAUAAUCUCACCACUCCAGAUGAUGAUGAUAAGGUCAGAGAAGCAUCCUUUGGGUCUAGCCUUUGCUGUAUAUUGUGUUUGAGGUUAGUCUUGGCUACAGAGUAAGACCUUGUCUCAACCCCCCCCCCCAAAAAAAAAAAACCAACAACAACAACAAAAGAUGUUUAGGGAAAGAUGGAGUCUUAUAAGUAUGUGGCAUGCCUAAAUAAUAGUUCAUAUGCUUUCUAUGUAAAUGCAUAGUGAGUUCUGAGAAAUUAAUGGAGUCUUCUGGGACAAGGCUUAAGAAGAGGACCUUGUUAAAUCUAAAAAGCAAGUUCAAGAACAUGUAGAACAGAAGCCCUAGCAAUAUUCUAACCUUGCUUGACAUUAGCAGCUUUGGAUUUUUAUUUUGUCUUUCUUAGUUUUUGGUGGUUGUUGCUUUUUUUGGUCUUCCUACUCAGGGACAGAAUACAAGGCUUUGAUCUUUCUGUAUUUUGUCAAAAUCUUAGAUUACUCUCUCAAAGCUGCACCCCCUUAAAGGGAUUAAAAUGGCAGGUAUGGUGGCACAUGGCUGUAAUCCCAGAUGUAAUCAAAAGGAUCAGAAGUUCGGAGCAACCCUUGGCUACAUAGUAAAUUCAAGGAAAGCUUGCAGUACAUGAAACCCUGUUCAAAAGCAAAACAAAAUAAAACGAAGAAAUUAUUCUGUUAGUGAUCCUUUGGGGUAACCUACAGAACCAAGUAUAGAUUCAGCCUGCAGAUACAUGCAUUCACCUCGAUCAUGUUCACAGAUUUGAGCCCCUUUGAAGAUGAAAUGGUACUGAAAAAUUAGACAGGCCUCUUUUACAGGGAAUAGUGGUAGAUGCAGAGACCUGUGACUGCCUAAGAUGCAGAAAAUGGUAGAUAUAAGAGUUGGGGAAAGAGGAAGGGAAAUGAAUCACCAUUCACUACACUCGAUACUACUACUGUAACUAUUAACUUUCGCAGUUACAUGCAUUGAGUGCACACUAGACCAGUGCUAUCACCAGUCAGUCAGUCAGUCAGUCAAGGUAGUAGGAGAGGGAUCACAGGCUCCUUUUACCUCUGAACUUUUGGCAGUCAUUAGAUUCGGGGGAGGGGAGUGACCGUUUUGUGUACCCUCCUCUGUUCCCACUACCCUCCAAUUGAUAGCACCAAACAUACAAUUACACAGAUGACCCUGGUUAAUCUUGGUGGGUCACAGAAGAAAAUGAACACAGGAAUGUGUCAGAGAGAUUUUAAGGGAGGUUAAGUGGUGGGUACGACUGGUAGGAAGUUGGAAGUGAGGACAUACAUAUAUAUACAAAGUGUGCAUCUGUGAAAUUGAGAAAAGUGUAAUAGAAAUACUUUGAAAUGGUUGGCAAGAUGGUUCAAUAGGUAUGUGCCACAUAAGCCUGCAGACCUGAGUUUGAUCUCAGGAACCCACAUGAAGGUGAAAGGAGGGAAAGACUGCACAGUUGGCCUCUGCCUUCCACUUGUGUGACCCCCACCCCCCGCCAUUAUGUACAAUAAUAAAUACACUUUAGAAUUUUUAAGAGAAAGACAAUUGUAGAACACUAGAAAUAAGCAACCUUAGAAAAAUGUAGUAACAAAAAAUACUAGCAAGCAGCCUGAGGAACGUUAGCCCACAAAACACACAACAUGGUCAGAUUCUCAAGAAAAAUUCUCAGUAAGAUUAUGCAAAUAUUGGAUAAAGUCUGUGAAAUCAAUAUGUCAAAUUACUGUAAAAAUCAUACUGUCUCUUUGUGUUGUAAAAUUUAAAACUUAGGUAAGAUGUAUGGUAGUUAGAAAACAUAGCACCAAGCAUGUAUAUUCAUUGUGAUGAUUAUAUAAUCAUGUAGUGGCGUACUCCAUUGCAGAUAUCUGAAUAAGUGACAAACAUGAAUAAUAACAUUUUGAGUGAAAAGCCAUACUGAACAAAAAUUUUCAGAAUGAUAUAAAUAGUAUUUUACUAUUUGUGCAUGGCUUAAAAUGCCAUGGUCAUGUAGUUUAGGGAUGCACUUGGGGUAAAAUAGAAAUGGCAAAUAUAAAAGAAGGGGAUUGGUUAGGUCUUAGAAAAAGAGAGAGUGGAGCAUCUUUAGAGUUCACGUGCAUCGAGUAGACUUUACAGUUUUGACAAACAUGAUAUGUGGAGGCACAGCUGUUCAUUAUGCUCUGCUUUUUAUAACAUUAAAAUUGUAAAUACUUUUCAAUGCAAGACAAUUGUGAGAAAAUGUCAAAGCCUGUAAGGCAUUUUUUUUUACUUUGAUUCACAUUAUAUUUAUAUUGUCUAAUAGAUUACUUCUUGUAUAUUUUACUUUAUGGUCAAAAUUUUUGUUAAAAUAUUAAUUAAAUAGUUCCGUAUGA